AAAUUAGAAAGUGCGCUCGGCCUCGACUUUCAGACCGCGAGUACGGACGUUCUUUCCAUUCGAGGGCAUUAUUGUCAUUACGCUUGACUCAAAAUCCCUUCAAGCCCACGACCAGAGUAACAAGUCUAUCUGUAACGCGAAGAACAAGACGACGACGCCGACGGUAAUUUACUCCAAAGACAAUGGGCAAAAAGGUAAAAUGGAGCUGGAGCUCGGCUGUGGUCGGAGCGGCGUCGGCGGUAGCAGCGACGGCUCUUCUGUCGGCGAAGCCCAAGGAUCCAACAUUCCAUUUGGUAUCGAUUAACCUCACCACCUUCAAGCUCAACCUCCCCGUCCUCGACGCCGAGCUCGUCCUCACCGUCCACGUCACCAACCCCAACAUCGUCCCCAUCCACUACUCCUCCACUACCAUGUCCAUCUUCUACGACGGCUCCUUGCUCGGCUCCGCCCAGGUCGAAGCCGGCUCCCAGUCGCCCCAAUCCUGCCAGCUGCUCCGCCUCCCGGCCCGCCUCGACGGACUUCAGCUAGCUCACCACGCCGCUCGCUUCGUCGCUGACUUGGCCAGACGCGAGAUGCUGCUCGAUGCGGCGGUGGAUAUCGGUGGUUCGGCGAAGGUGCUAUGGUGGGACCACAAGUUCAAGGUCCACGUGGAGAGCCGCGUCACCAUUGAUCCGGUUUCUUUUGAUGUGAUUGAUCAGGAGAACAUGUCUGAGCUGGAGCUUCUCCAUGCUUGAUCAUAGUGUAUGCUGUUCUCUGGAAGAUGUAAUAGAUUGUACUGGUAAUCAACUUUCUUUU